AAAUGAUUUAUUCGCAUAUAACGCGGUCUUUAAAGUUUUCAUGGUUACUUGAGUCGUUUAAUUGAUAAAAUUACAAUAAUCACUCACUGAGCCAGGAUUCAAGAGACUCCCCUUCCUGGCUGACAAUUUCGACAUGGCGGCUUCCAUAUGUGGACUUUUGAAACCUUGGACGCCAAGUGUGGUAGUGAUGCGAUGGAGCAGAUAUAAUCCAUACUACCUGGAGCCAGAGGUGAGGAAGGAGGCUUAUGACAAACCAGAGACGGAACUCAGUGAUGAAGAGAAGGAAGAGCGGGCUCUGAAAACUCUCAGGCCCAUCAAGGCAGCCACAAACAGCAUCACCAGCUCUGUUUUUCAUGAUCCUGUCAUCAGUAAAUUCAUCAACUUGAUGAUGAAGCAUGGAAACAAGGUUUUGGCACGGGAGAUCAUGACAGAGACAUUGGAGCAUAUAAAAAGGAAACAGGUGGAGAAAUACCACAAAGCUCCCGAGGGGAAGCGAGAGGAGAUUGAGUGCAACCCUUACACCAUUUUCUACAGGGCUUUAGACAAUUGUAAACCUGUUGUUGGUCUCACCAGCAUCCAGAAAGGUGGAAAGUUCUACCAGGUGCCAGUGCCACUUACAGACAACAGACGGCGCUUCCUUGCCAUGAAGUGGAUGAUCACUGAGUGCAGGGAUAACAAGCACCGGCGCACGCAUAUGUAUGAAAAACUCUCCCAGGAGCUCUUGGCAGCCUCUGUUAAGGAAGGAAACGUCUUCAAAAAGAAGAUCGAGCUCCACAAGAUGGCCGAAGCCAACAGAGCAUAUGCGCAUUACCGCUGGUGGUAGACGUUGGAAGGUGACGCGUGCAGCACCUUUUGUAAAUAAUGAACAUUACUAAAUUCUUUUGGAGAGCUGAAAUAUCAUGAAAGGAAUGUCUCAAUACAUCAAAAUCAUGUGUACAUGUUUAUUUUACUUGUUCAAGUUAAUCAGUAAAUUCAAUUAAUACAAUUUAAUUAUAAUUAAUAAUCAAUAGUAGUUCUCAUAAUUGUAAUGAUGAAUUGUUUAAUUUCUCUAUUAAGAAUCAUUUUGGUCUCAUGAUUCUAAAACCCAUCCCUUAUGCUGCAUUUCUUUUUCCUUUGCUCUGCCGCCUCUUUGUGAUUGUGCAGGCACUUACUGCCAACGAGGUGCCCUGAAGUGGCCAUGCCAGCCAAAGCCUCCGUCCUCAUGCUGGCUAUUACGUCUUUUAUAUUCAAACUUAAAGUUCUUAUAUAGUGAGGGAGGCAACUUAAUGCCAGACUCUGAUCUCAUGUGGCACUGUUCUGGCAAUGCCUGAAAAAUCCGGAAAACCAAGAUGUUUAAUAAACAGUUCAAUGGUAAACCUUCACAA